UCGCGUGUCAAAAUAAUUUAAGUAGAGAAUAAUAAACAAAAAAAAAAACAAGAAUGUAAAGGAAAGGAAAGGUCGUAUUUUGACCACCAGCAGCACCACCGUUUCUUCCCUUCUUCCUGCUCUCUUCCUCCUCCGUUUCCUCUUCCUGCCUUUUUUUUUUUCUUCUUAAAACAAAAACUAAUAAACCAGAAACCCAAUCAUCUCCAAGCGUGUUUCUGAAUAUAUACGCCCGCCACUCUUUUCCAAUUGGGCACAUUUCCAUGAUCUGCACCUCAAAUUUCCAUACUUCAAUCGCUGACUUCUCCUUUCUUGGUUUGUCGAUCCUCUGAUCCCUGCCGCCGACCAUGGGGCUUUGCCUCUCCACAACCAAGGUUACUGGCUCCAGCAGCAACAAUCAUCACCACAAAAACAACGGCGCCGCCGGAGGAGGAGGAGGAGGGGUAGCAGGCGGUGUCAAGGCCAGCGCCACAGGGGCGGCGGCAAACAAUAAAAAGAGUUCGUCAGCGGACAACAACAACAAUCAUUAUAAUACCAAUGAGAAGAGGAUGAGCCGAAAACAGCAGCCGGAACAGCAGAAACAAGUGAAGUUAAAAGGGAAGCAGAGUUCGAGGAGGGGCAGUGGGGCAAUUCCGUGUGGAAAGCGGACGGAUUUUGGCUACGAUAAGGAAUUCAAUAAACGGUACACGAUCGGGAAAUUGCUGGGUCAUGGCCAAUUUGGGUACACGUAUGUUGCUACUGAUAAGGAAAACGGAGAUCGUGUUGCAGUCAAACGGAUUGACAAAGGCAAGAUGCUUCUUCCUGUUGCUGUUGAAGACGUCAAAAGAGAGGUCAAGAUUUUGCGGCAACUUGCAGGGCAUGAGAACGUGGUCCACUUUAUUAAUGCAUUUGAGGAUGAUUCAUAUGUAUAUAUAGUUAUGGAGUUAUGUGAAGGUGGUGAACUGCUAGACCGAAUACUGGCCAAAAAGGACAGCCGUUAUUCCGAGAAAGACGCAGCAGUUAUUGUAAGGCAGAUGCUUAAAGUAGCAGCUGAAUGCCAUUUACAUGGUUUAGUCCACCGUGAUAUGAAACCUGAGAAUUUUCUGUUCAAGUCAACCAAAGAGGACUCAGUGCUGAAGGCUACAGAUUUUGGUUUGUCAGACUUCAUAAAGCCAGGAAAGAAGUUCCAUGACAUUGUUGGCAGUGCUUACUAUGUUGCUCCUGAAGUCUUACAACGGAAGUCUGGACCUGAAUCGGAUGUCUGGAGCAUUGGUGUCAUUACAUAUAUUUUGCUCUGUGGAAGGCGGCCCUUUUGGGAUAAGACCGAAGAUGGUAUUUUUAAGGAGGUCCUAAGAAACAAACCUGAUUUUCGCCGCAAACCAUGGCCAACCAUAAGCAACAGUGCCAAAGAUUUUAUUAGGAAGUUGCUUGUGAAAGAUCCGCGUGCUAGACUUACAGCUGCUCAAGCUUUGUCACAUCCAUGGGUCCGAGAAGGAGGAGAUGCAUCUGAGAUUCCAAUUGACAUAUCUGUUCUGAAGAACAUGAGGCAAUUUGUGAAGUACAGUCGCUUGAAACAGUUUGCUCUCAGGGCAUUGGCUAGCACACUUGGUGAAGAGGAGCUGGCUGACCUUAAGGACCAAUUUGAUGCAAUUGAUGUAGAUAAAAAUGGGUCUAUCAGUCUUGAAGAGAUGAGGCAGGCACUUGCUAAGGAUCUACCCUGGAAGCUGAAAGAGUCGCGUGUUCUAGAAAUUCUUCAAGCAAUUGAUUGUAACACGGACGGGCUUGUUGAUUUCUCAGAGUUUGUUGCAGCUGCUCUGCACGUGCAUCAGUUGCAAGAACACAAUUCUGAGAAGUGGGAAGAACGUUCCCAGGCUGCUUUUGACAAAUUUGACAUUGAUGGAGAUGGCUAUAUAACCCCUGAUGAGCUUAGAAUGCAUACCGGAUUAAGGGGUUCAAUUGACCCGCUCCUUGAGGAGGCAGAUAUUGAUAGAGACGGCAAAAUAAGCCUUUCAGAGUUCCGCAAACUUCUAAGAACCGCAAGCAUGGGGUCAACAAAUCUGCCGAGUCCUUCUGGUCAUCGCAACUCUCGGCGCGUCUAGAAGACCGAAUGGAGAAUUUGGCGAUGAAAAGAAAAUCACGUCAUUGUUCCUCUUUUCUGGAAGAUGUUCAUACUGAGGAUGCUCAAAUCAGAAGCGGGGCAUCUUCUAUUUUCCAGUUCGAGUUGCAGUUGCAGUUGCAGAGGACCUCUUUACGAGACUCCUGUUGCUUAAAUGGCAAGCAAGGAUGGGAUGUGAGAGUAUUUGAGAGGAUGAGCCCGGGUGUAACGAGUUAAAAGACGGGAGGGAGGGGUUGGUUUCUGUAAAAAAUGGGGGAAAUUAGGUGGCUUUUUUAUAAGAAACAAAGAAGAAAAUGUACACGGGGAAAAUGGCAUCUUGUGUAGCGAAGGUGGCGGGGUUUGUGUUUGUACAGAGUAUUUAUCAAAUGUCAAUGAGAGCUUAGGAGUUCGAGUUGAGAUCAAUUAAGGUGGUUGGCGUGU